AGACAUGCGCACUAGGCCGUUGUAACGUUCGCGGGCUUUCUGUCGUCUGCGGUCAGAGUUCGUCUGAAGAAACUUCAAUUUCUGAUGGUUACAGCAAAGUUUUCACUAGAGGAGUUUGACGAUAAGCUCCUGACUUGUCCUGUCUGCAAAGGGAUGUACAACAACCCUCGCAUCCUGCCAUGUCUUCACACCUUCUGUGCCAACUGUCUGGAGAUGUGGAGGAAGGGAGAGGUUCAGUUCACCUGUCCUACCUGUCGUCAGCAGGUGAGGCUAAAGGGACCAGAUGUCAGCAGUUUUCCCUCCAGUUUCUACAUCAACAACUUGCUUGACUUCAGGGCCGUCCAUCACUCGAAUGCUAAAAGACUGCGUGCCUCCUGCGGCAUGUGUGAGUCAGAUGCUAGUAUGGAGGGGACAUGCGGGGACUGCAAACUGCUCUUGUGUGGAAACUGUCUUACCGGACAUGGAAAUUCACCUGCCCUGAAGGACCAUUACAUCAUUGCUCUACAUGAACGGAACGACCCCAGCAGCAGGUCAAAGUUCACCCGAACACAGUACUGCCCUCAGCAUGCAGACCAACGCAGGACCUUCUACUGCCAACCCUGCGACAAACUCGUGUGCCAAGACUGCACCACUACUGAGCACCAACAAGGACCGAACCACGACCCACAGGAGGUGGGUUUGGUUGCACUGAAGUACAAGGACGAACUACAAACAUUGGUGGGGAAAAGCCAGGAUGCAGCCGAUGCUCUGAAGAGGACCAAAGUAGUUGUGGGCAAAGAACUCACAACUAUUUCAACAAACUGUCAGAUCGUAAAACAGGAAAUCAAGGAACAUUUUGCAGAGCUCAGAGCCAAACUAGAUAAGGAAGAGCAGGAAGUCACAAGAAAACUUGCUAAGAUGGAAAAGACACAGAAGGAGCCUCUCAUGAAGGAAGAGCAAGAGUUGGAAGAAAGUUUACAAUCUACUGAAGAGGGACUUGAGUUCUGCACAGAUAUACUAGCUCGAGGUAACGAUGUAGAAAUCAUCACACUCAGAAAGCAGCUAGAAGACAGACUAGACAGUCUUUGUUCAAGUCAGAUUCAGCAUGAAGGGCUGAAAAAUCAUGUAUCGUUUCGUUCAACAGUCCAUAUUAGCUGUGAGUUGUCCCUAACUUGCAAACCACUAGUUAUCACCGAGCCCCCAGUAGAAAGUCUCCCAACUACUGUCGUCUUUAGACCAAAUGAUGGUCAAGUUUUGGAAGGCAACCUACAAGUCACAGUCACCUCCCCUGAGGGGCAUCGUGUUGAGAUAGACACCGAUAGAACCAGUGAGGGAGCUUAUCAGGCAGUCUGGAGGCCACAAACAUUGGGGAAGCAUGAGGUGGGGGUGACUAUGGAGGGAGAAGGGAGCCUGUGUUCCUCUCUCAGUAUAGAUGUGGGCACUAACAACCCUGUUUUGAAGUUUGGGCAGGAAGGCAGCCAGCAGGGGCAGUUUAAUAACCCAAGAGAUGUAGCCGUUAGCGACAAUAGACUAUAUGUGGCUGACACUUUCAAUGAUCGUAUUCAGGUGUUCGAUCUGAGUGGGAACUUCCGUCAGUCAUUUCCAACAGAAGCAGCAAGCCCUUGGUCCCUCUCAGUUCAUACUGAUGGCUCUUUAGUAGUGUAUGCUGGAGAGGAAGUAGUGAAGUUUUCACAAUCGGGAGAGGUGCUGCACAGGUUUUCCAUGGGAGUUUAUGUUGCAAGUUCUGGUGGCACAGUACCUGGUGGCUUAGCAGUACAAAGUAAUGGGAGGAUUGUCGUAACUGGUAACAAAGAUCACUGUGUCUUCCUGUUUGAGGCAAAUGGGACGCUGGUGAAAAAGGUGGGGAGGAAGGGGCAUGGGGAGGGAGAGUUUGAUAAGCCGAAUUGUGUCUGUAUGGACAGAGACGAUAAUGUCAUUGUUACAGAUCAUGAUAACUUUCGUAUUCAGGUGUUUGACAAGGAUUUGAACUUCAAAUACCAAUUUGGUCAAGAAGGUGACCAGCCACAGGACAUGUGUAUGCCCUUGGGAGUUACAACUGACAGCAGAGGGAACAUAGUUCUGGCAAACCUUGGGCCGGACCUUAGUGAUGUUGAACAUGGCCUGGCAGUUCAAGUUUAUCACUCAGAUGGCACAUGGGUGUCCACCAUCACUAGUGAUGGUGACAAGCCGUAUGAACCAAUUGGGAUUGCUGUGACAAAGGAUGGGCAUGCGUUUGUAUCUGAUGGCACUGACAACUGUAUCAGAAAGUACAGAUACUGGUGAUACAUCUGUACCAGAUUUUUUGUUCUGUUGAUGGUCCCACUUGUUUGCCCUCAUGCUUCAUUAUUCUCCUGUAUUUAGGUAUAGUGUAUCAACUUUGUCACUUACAAGUGCUUGAAUCUUUACCUGCUACAUAUUAUGCAGUUAAGUGCAGGUGUAAUUGGUGUUUUCUAUGUCUUCCUUGUACCAUGAUAAAACCAGCUCACAACACUAUUGUGACACUGGUUUUGUAUGUACUGAAGGACAAAGGAAAACUGUUUUCUGCACUGGAAGAAAAAUAAGUAUUUCAAGCAUACUAAGUUAAAAGUUACUUGUAAUUGUUUUGUUGGUACCGGUAAUAUUUACCAAAUCUGAUAACUUUCGUUCAUCUUAGCUAUGAAAUUUAGAGUUACUCUUAUACUUAUGUGUACUUACCCAAUAGUUAGGCCUUGAUUAUCAUCAAACUGUAGUGUAGAAUAUAUGUAUUAACAUUGAGUUUGCUUAGAAACAUACAAGUAGAGGCCCAAAUUUUUAUCUUCAAAUUAGUUCCAUGACAGGAAGCAUAAUUGGAUGCUAAGAGAGAAGUAGAUGCCACUGUUAGUAAACAGUUCUGCAUUUGUUUCCUUGUCCAUGCUCUCUGUGCAUAGGUACUGCUUCUUGUAAGCUCUUUUUCUUAUGUUGAAUAAAAAGACUGAAACUGAAAA